AUGCCGCCCUCACUACCAAACAUGUCACAAUUCGACGACCCAGCAAACACCAACGAAUGGAUCAACCUACGGCCUCAUCAACCAUCAUCCGAACCAGGCAAACAGCCCAAAAAGGUAGACAUGUACGUUGGCGAUAAAUUCUUUCGCACCGUGGAAGCAAACUGCUUCGAUCCGGAGACGCGAAUCAAAGAAAUGGAUGCGAGUGGUGUAUCCGUGCAGGUCCUCAGCACGAUUCCCGUCCUGUUCUCUUACGAUAAACCCAGUAAGCCGGCUGCACUGCUUGCACGGCUACUAAACGAUCACAUCGCCUCUCUGUGUCGAGUGUAUCCCAAUCGAUUCGUGGGACUUGCCACGGUGCCGUUGCAAGAUGUCCCUGCUUCGGUUGAAGAGCUGAAUCGUGCGAAGGGCCUGGGCCUGCGUGGCGUAGAGAUCGGCACUGAGAUUAACGGACGAGAAUUGGAUAGUCUGGAGAUGGAGCCAUUUUGGGAGGCGUGCGAGGAGUUGGACAUGCCUGUGUUUGUGCAUCCGCUGGGAUAUGAACUCGCCAAGGAGAAUAAGAGGUGGGAGAAGUAUUGGUCUGCCUGGCUAGUUGGGAUGCCAAGUGAAACAGCUCUCGCUCUGCAUGCGAUAAUCUCAUCAGCCGUAUUAGUUCGCCACCCGAAACUGCGGUUGUGCUUCGCCCAUGCUGGCGGCGCGUAUCUCCCUCUCCUGGGUCGUAUUCAACACGGCUAUGACUGCCGACCAGAUUUAGUAGCUCACAAGUCGGAGGGUGUAUCGCCCACAGAGCAGAUCGCGUUUCCUCAGCGUAAUAUCUGGAUAGAUAGUCUGGUGCAUGAUCCGGAUCUGCUGGAGUACAUGUGUAAGAAGAUCGGGCCGGAGCGCAUCGUCAUGGGCAGCGAUUAUCCGUUUCCGUUGGGAGAGGUGCCUUUUCCGGGGAAGAUGAUAGAUACGGAUGAGAAAGUCAAAGAGUUUUUGUCGGAGGAGAAGAGGGAAGGGAUGUUGUGGGGGAAUGCGGUUGAGUUUUUGGGCUUGUAUGACUUGGUGAGGGAGUGGGAGAUGGAACGGGAACGGGUGUAA